AUGGCUUUUGCAGACCCUCAAAGUCAAAGAGCUUCUUCUUCUUCUUCUUCUAUUUCUACUCGUGUAUGGAAUUACGAUGUUUUCUUGAGCUUUAUGGGUGAAGAUACUCGCCAUAAUUUUACAGAUCAUCUCUACAGAGCUUUGGAUCAGAAAGGGAUUCGUACCUUUAGAGAUGAUGAGGAGCUACGAAGAGGAGAAGAGAUUGCAGCAGAACUUUUAAAAGCUAUUGAAGAGUCAAGGAUUUGUGUCGUAAUUCUGUCCAAAAACUAUGCCCGUUCUAGGUGGUGUUUGGAUGAACUGGUAAAGAUCAUGGAGUGGAAGCAGUGUAUGGGACAAUUAGUGUUUCCGAUUUUCUACCAGGUGGACCCCUCCAAUGUGCGAAAACAGAUGGGGAGUUAUGGAGAAGCAUUAGCCGAUCAUGAAAGAACGGCAGACGAGGAAGGAAUGUCGAAGAUAAAGAGGUGGAGGGAAGCGUUGUGGAAUGUGGCGAAGAUUAGCGGAUGGUGUUUAAGGAAUGGACCCGAGUCACAUGUUAUUGAGAUGAUUACUUCCACUAUUUGGAAGAGUUUAAACCGGGAACUCUUACAGGUUGAGAAGAAGCUUGUUGGGAUGGAUCUUCGAAGGGCGUCUUCUUCUUCUACUUCUACUUGUAUUGGUCCAUGGGAAUAUGAAGUUUUCUUGAGUUUUCGGGGUCAAGAUACCAGACAAAAUUUCACAGAUCAUCUCUAUGCAGCUUUGUAUCAGAAAGGGUUUCGAACCUUUAGAGUGGAUUAUAUCAGGGGAGAAAUGAUUUUGCCAACUACUUUGAGAGCUAUUGAGAUGUCAAGGUGCUUUCUCGUAAUUCUCUCGAAAAACUAUGCUCAUUCCAAGUGGUGUUUGGACGAGUUGAAGGAGAUCAUGGAGUCGAGGCGACAAAUGGGAAAAAUAGUUUUUCCAGUUUUCUAUCAUGUGAAUCCUUCCGAUGUGCGAAAUCAGGGGGAGAGUUAUGGAGAAGCGUUGGCCAAUCAUGAAAGAAAAAUUCCUCUGGAGUAUACACAGAAGUUGAGAGCAGCUUUGAGGGAAGUGGGCAAUCUUUCUGGAUGGCAUAUACAGAAUGGCAAGUCUGAGGCAGAUUUUAUUGAGGAUAUCACUUGCGUUAUUUUGAUGAAAUUUAGUCAGAAACUCUUACAGGUUGACAAGAACCUCAUCGGGAUGGAUUAUCGUUUGGAAGAAAUGGAAGAAAUUUUUCCACAAAUAAUAGAUCCAUUAUCAAAUGAUGUUCGCAUGGUUGGGAUCUAUGGAUUUGGAGGAAUUGGUAAGACAACCAUGGCCAAAGUUUUAUACAACCGAAUUGGUGCCCAGUUCAUGAUUGCUAGCUUUAUUGCUAAUGUUAGAGAGGAUUCUAAAAGUCGAGGUCUACUUUAUUUACAAAAACAACUUCUUCAUGAUAUCUUGCCAAGAAGGAAGAACUUUAUAAGGAAUGUUGAUGAAGGGGUCCAUAUGAUAAAAGACAGACUAUGCUUUAAAAAGGUUCUUCUUGUUCUUGAUGACGUUGACGAUUUGAACCAAUUGGAAGCCUUAGCUGGUGACCAUAGUUGGUUUGGUCCAGGAAGUAGAAUUAUUGUAACAACUAGAGAUAAGCAUUUGUUGGAGCUGCAUGGAAUGGAUGCAUUAUAUGAGGCUAAGAAAUUAGAUCACAAGGAAGCUAUUGAACUCUUUUGUUGGAAUGCAUUUAAACAGAACCAUCCCAAAGAAGACUAUGAAACACUUUCAAACUCUGUUGUACAUUAUGUUAAUGGUCUUCCGCUAGGUCUUAAGAUUUUGGGUUGUUUCCUAUAUGGCAAGACAGUACGUCAAUGGGAAAGUGAAUUGCAAAAACUGCAGAGGGAACCUAACCAAGAAAUCCAACGUGUGCUUAAGAGAAGUUAUGAUGAAUUAGAUGACACACAACAACAGAUAUUCUUAGAUAUUGCUUGCUUCUUUAAUGGAGAGGAGAAAGAUUUUGUUACUAGAAUCCUAGAUGCUUGCAACUUCUAUGCGGAGAGUGGAAUAGGAGUCCUUGGUGAUAAGUGCUUUGUAACUAUUUUAGACAACAAGAUAUGGAUGCAUGAUUUGUUACAACAAAUGGGACGAGAAAUUGUUCGACAAGAAUGUCCUAGAGACCCUGGAAAAUGGAGCAGAUUGUGCUAUCCUGAGGUUGUAAAUCGUGUAUUGACAAGAAAAAUGGGAACAAAGGCAAUUGAAGGCAUACUUCUGAACUUGUCUAGAUUGACGCGGAUACAUAUUACUACUGAAGCUUUUGCAAUGAUGAAGAAUCUUAGACUACUCAAAAUCCAUUGGGAUCUAGAAUCUGCUUCUACGAGGGAGGAUAAUAAACUUCUUGAAAAGUUAAAUACUAUAAGAGUUAGUUGCUCUCAACACCUCAUUGAAAUUCCAGACAUCACAGUGAGUGCGCCCAAUCUGGAGAAACUAAUUCUUGAUGGUUGUUCAAGUUUGCUUGAGGUUCACCCAUCUAUUGGAAAGCUGAACAAGCUUAUUUUAUUGAAUUUGAAAAAUUGCAAAAAGCUUAUUUGUUUUCCAAGCAUCAUCGACAUGAAAGCGCUUGAAAUUCUCAAUUUCUCUGGCUGCUCAGGGCUCAAGAAGUUUCCAAAUAUUCAAGGUAACAUGGAAAAUUUAUUGGAGCUUUAUUUAGCUUCAACUGCUAUUGAGGAACUUCCCUCCUCAAUUGGGCAUCUCACUGGACUUGUUUUAUUGGAUCUGAAAUGUUCAAAUGGGAUUGGUUUGCGCUUGCCUUCUAGUUUUUCUAGUUUCAGGUCCUUAUCAAAUUUAGACAUAAGUGACUGCAAACUAAUAGAAGGAGCAAUCCCCAACGGUAUUUGCUCCUUAAUCUCAUUGAAGAAAUUAGAUCUAAGCCGGAACAAUUUUCUAAGCAUACCUGCUGGCAUCAGUGAACUUACAAACCUAAAAGACCUUCGAUUGGCGCAGUGCCAGAGUCUCACAGGAAUUCCGGAGCUUCCACCAAGUGUCCGAGACAUAGAUGCACACAAUUGCACGUCUCUUUUGCCAGGCUCAUCAAGUGUAAGCACAUUGCAAGGGCUACAGUUCCUAUUCUAUAAUUGCUCCAAACCAGUUGAGGACCAAUCCAGUGAUGAUAAGAGGACAGAAUUACAAAUAUUUCCACAUAUUUAUGUGUCUUCCACUGCUUCUGAUUCCUCUGUGACUACUUCACCUGUUAUGAUGCAGAAAUUGCUUGAAAAUAUUGCAUUUAGUAUUGUUUUUCCUGGCACUGGGAUUCCUGAGUGGAUCUGGCAUCAGAAUGUGGGAUCUUCUAUAAAAAUUCAGCUACCUACAAAUUGGUAUAGUGAUGACUUCUUGGGAUUUGCUCUCUGCUCUGUUCUUGAACAUCUUCCUGAGAGAAUUAUAUGCCAUUUGAAUUCUGAUGUUUUUAAUUAUGGGGACUUGAAAGACUUCGGCCAUGAUUUCCAUUGGACAGGCAACAUUGUUGGGUCAGAACAUGUCUGGCUGGGUUAUCAACCGUGUUCCCAGUUGAGGUUGUUUCAAUUCAAUGACCCCAAUGAGUGGAAUCACAUUGAGAUUUCUUUUGAAGCAGCCCACAGAUUCAACUCAAGUGCAUCCAAUGUGGUGAAGAAGUGUGGCGUAUGUCUUAUAUAUGCAGAAGAUCUUGAAGGAAUCCAUCCACAAAAUAGAAAACAGCUUAAGAGUAGGGGGUGUAAUGUAGUUGAGAGAAGCAGUGACAGAGCAGGACUCAAUCGAAGUGGAAUGGACUCUAGUUCUAGUGGCUGCAGUGAUGGACCCACCAAUGAUCCCACGCUCAAGCUCAAGCGCAAACGUCCUCAAGAAUGA